AUGCUCCAAACUAUUUGGACCGCUACUAAUACUGCCUUGAAGGUGCAAUGGCAACAGCAGCUCGACGACGACGCAUUGCAAGCUGAGAAUCAACGUCGUCUACUCGCUGAGGCAGACGAACAGCGCCUCGCUGCCCAACAAUUGCAGGAUGCAGCGGCUGCUGAAGAGGAACGGAAAAAGAAUAGGAUUCACCACAUUGAAAUUCCAGAUCGUCCGCGACCCUCUCGAGCUGCGGAGUCUGUCCUUGUCUCUGAUUUUGCCUUACGCAAGCUAGACAAAGCUCAAUUCGUCGAGCUUUACUAUUGGACCAACAAGGGACUCGCAGACGCGCGGGUUAAUUUUCGUACCGCUGAUGAUGAUAGCAUGGUUCCCACCGCGGCUGUCGACGGUACCACAACCUGGACUGCUGCGAGUGCCGCCCGCCCUGCUGCAGGGGUCAUACCAGAUCAUCUCCUUGCUCCUCUGGAUUUCUCCAGAGCUGUCCCCCGUUUCAUUGCCUCUCUCGAGGAUCGGGGUUGGACUAACCAGCGGAUCAUCAUGCUAGCCAAUUUCUUUGGCGCCUUGAUGUUGCAUCGUUACUGGACUUCGGAUGAUGUACACGAACAACGCGCCCUCCUUGCCUACCAGGAAGAGCAACGACGCGCGUGGCACCAAGCCAUUCCUCAGCCAAACGGCGCUUGGAACAUAUCCAUCAUCGACGAGGUCGAAAUGUCACGCGUUUUCGACCGCAUUUAUCAUGCUGAUCGCAACCGUGCCGACAGUGACUUUGAUUCGAAGGUGCGUUCCUUACUUUAA